UAUCAAGCCAUAAUGUCUUCGAUGCUAACAAAACGAUUAACAAUUAAAGAUCUUCAUCAGUGUAUGGCACUGGCUAAUCCCAUCAAAACCCGCUGGAGACCAGUAGGAUUAGCUCUGAAAGUUGAUGCUAAUGAACUAGCAAGUAUAGACAUUGAUUUUAAAUUUUGCGAAGAUAAACUACGUCAAGUAUUUCAGUAUUGGUUAGAGAGAAAUGUAAUCGAAGAUUUUUCCAUGAAAGAUGCAACAUGGAAAGAUUUGCUAGAAGCAAUUAAAAAAGAUGGAAAAAAACCAGGUUUAGCAGAAGAAAUAAUGAGAAAGCUAGAACAAGAAGAGCAAGAACGAGAGCAACAAGAACGAGAACAGCAAGAACGAGAACAGCAAGAACGAGAACAGCAAGAACGAGAACAGCAAGAACGAGAACAGCAAGAACGAGAACAGCAAGAACGAGAACAGCAAGAACGAGAACAGCAAGAACGAGAACAGCAAGAACAAGAACAGCAAGAACGAGAACAGCAAGAAAAAAAAAAGGAAGAACACAAUUGUUUAAAAAAGAAAAAAAGCAUAAAUAAAAGUAAAAAUCCAGCAUCAAAAAAAGGAAAUUUUCCAAAAAAAAAAGUUGGUGCUAAAAAGAUGCAUCCAAGCAAAAAGGAUGCUUCUCUGGAUGAAAUUGAUGAUUGUUGCCAAGAAAAUGGUACCAUUCAGCUUUACAGGGAUACAUCAGAAAAAACCAUUCAAAAACUGCAGAAUGAAGAUAUAACUCCUCUUUAUAACGAAAAUACAUGUACAUGUGAUAUUUCUUUACUUGAUGAUAGAACUACUGAAGAUGUUGUUGAAAAAGACAGUACAGUAAAAAUAGCAGAAGAAAGUCUUGUUUCAGAUGACAUUCCUCCCAUUCUACCAUCAGGCAUCACAAGUUCAAUUAUUAUUAUACGACAAGUAGAAUUUAAUUAUACAUGUCUCCAAGCAGUGUUCCCUCACAUUAACCUUAGCUAUAGAUCUGGACGACAGCAAAUAAAGAGAUCUGUCAAAUCGUUACCUGCCAAUAACAAACUUUUAUUGUAUGACUACACUGCCAGCAAUAAUAUUAGUAUUCAUGAAGAAGUAUAUCGUAAGGAAGUUGAGCAUCUCUUUAAAAAAUGUCCAGAUCCAGAUUUAAUCAUCUUCUGCACAUCCAUGCCAAAUAAAUUGCAAAGCCCAGAGAGGAUCAGAGAAAAUGAAAAGAAUGCAAUUAGAGCACUAUCACAUUUUUUUAAAACAAAGCUCUGGACAAAUACACUUUUCUUUUAUUCUACAAAACGUAAUGUCAACGAAACACCAAUUCAAUUUGAGCAAAGACUCAGCAAAAAAGAUCAACAUCUCACAAAGUGUGUAUCUCAAACAUUUAUACCUUCUACUAUAAUACCAAUUAAAAGCAUCUACCUUGAUGCUAAGAAGAAAACUGUAACUACUACUGAAAAAAAUGACAUUUUCAAAGCAAUGGAAGAACGCAGCACAGCACAAGCAAGGCCAAUACUGUAUUCAUACUUGAUGAGUAACACGUAA